AUGGUGGAGGGGGAUGGCUGCCACCGAAUCGCGGCGCAGCACCGCAAGCAGCUCGUGGGGCGGAAGAUGGCCGCGCGGUCGCCCAACGGGCGCUUCCGCGCCGGGGCGCAGGCCAUCGUCAAGAGCGGAGGAGUGCUGUUGAAGAUCGAGGUCCAUGGCAAGAACAUGUUCUACUUCUUCGGGCUCCCGGGUAAGGCUCCGAGCCUCGUCGUCCACGUCCACUUUGGGCUCGCGGGCGCCUUUGCCGUCUACACGAAAGAGGAGCCCGAGCUCAGCAAGAGCAUCCGUCUCCGCCUGGAGACCGUGGACCAAAAAGGCCCGCACAUGGUGGCGCACCUGUCGGCCAUGGUUGUCAAGCACGGAAAGCCCGACUCCCUCUACCAGUCCCUGGUGGCCAAGCUGGGUGCCGACCCCCUGCGCGAAGACGCCGAUCCCGAGAGCUUCGCCUCUGCCUGUGCAGGGGCCAAGAAGCCCAUUGGCACCGUGCUGGUGGACCAAGCUGUCUGUGCUGGCGUGGGCAACAUCUACCGCACCGAGAUCCUGUAUGAAGCUGGGAUCCACCCCAAGCAGCCGGCCAACACCCUGACAAGGGCGGAGGUCUUGAAGCUCUGGAACACCGCCGUAAAGCAGAUGCAAGCAGGCUACAAGUCUGGCUCCAUCUGGGGUGCCAAGGCCGGAGCCUUCUGCUAUGGCAAGACGAAGUCCUCGUGCGGCGGGAAGGUGAAGCACUGGAGCAUGGGAGGCAGGACCGUCUACGCCUGCCAGAAGCGCCAGCACCUGGAGACACGGCCGGCGCCGAAGGCACCGAAGAGCCCCGCGCUUCGCCGCUCCGGGACGCUGCACGUGGACGGCGUCGUCUCGGCUGUGAAGGCCGAAAAUAAGAAGCGGAGAACUGGGGAGGGACUGGGCGUCCAGCACGUUGCGCUGAAGGACGACGAGACCAGGGCCGCCACCUUGGCAGCUCGCGUCAAGAAGCGCCCAAGCAAGAGAUGA